CUUCACUGUUUGCAAGUGGCCUCUUCACCCAACGCACUACGACCAAACUACCGGCAGUCGUUUCCACUGCGAGCGCCAUUAUCUCCUCCUCUUCAAGAACAUACACCACAUCCGCGCCUCGAUUCGUCAACAUGGCCAGCCAGGAAGCUCUCAAGAGACCAGCGGACUUCGUUGACUUUCUGAACGCCUCUCCCACCCCUUUCCACGCCGUGCACUCUGCAAAGCUCCGCCUUGAGAAGGCUGGCUUCAAGCAGAUAAAGGAACGCGACUCCUGGAACUCGACUCUCCAACCCGGCGGUAAAUACUACCUCACUCGCAACACCAGCACGAUCGUCGCCUUCGCCAUCGGCAGCGCAUGGAAGCCAGGCAAUCCUGUGGGAAUGGUCGGCGCCCAUACCGACUCGCCAUGUCUACGAAUCAAACCGGUCUCGAAGCGAUCAGCUGACGGCUUCCUUCAAGUCGGAGUGGAAACAUACGGCGGAGGACUAUGGCACACCUGGUUCGACCGUGACUUGGGCGUGGCAGGAAGAGUCAUGGUGAAGGGAAAGGGAAAGGACAGCUUGGUGGAGCAGAAGCUCGUCCGGAUCAGCAAGCCGAUCCUCAGGAUACCGAAUUUGGCGGUGCACUUUGGUGGAUCCGAGCCAUUUGAGUUCAACAAGGAGAAUCAGCUGUUUCCGAUCACUGGGCUGGUAUCGGCGGAAUUGAAUAGAACUGGCAAGACGGCGGAGCAGAUCAGAACGGAGGAAGGCGAGAAAGAGAAGAAUGCCGAGUAUGAACCGCUCAAGACGGCCACACAGAGACACCACCCAUACCUCAUCUCAAUGAUUGCCAAGGAGGCAGGCGUGCAGCCGGAUGAUAUCCUCGACUUCGAACUGGUGCUCUACGACACUCAGCCAUCAUGCAUUGGAGGCUUGAACGACGAGUUCGUCUUCUCCGCACGUCUGGACAACCUAGGCAUGACCUAUUGCGCCGUGGAAGGUCUCAUCCAAUCUGUCGCCUCCACUUCCGCACUCAAGGACGAUCCAACAAUCCGCCUUAUCGCCUGUUUCGACCACGAAGAGAUUGGCUCACAAUCCGCUCAAGGUGCCGACUCCAACAUGCUGCCCGCAGUCAUCCGUCGCCUAUCCUGCCUUCCUGGAUCCUCGACCGAUAGCGAAAAGAGCUAUGACAAAGUCUCUCAUAGCGAUGCUGGUGCCGACAACAGCACUGCGUAUGAGCAGACUUUGUCCACCAGCUUUCUAAUAAGUGCCGAUAUGGCACACUCCGUGAACCCCAACUAUGGCGCCAAGUAUGAAAGCGAACACCGCCCUCAUAUGAACGAAGGAACCGUGAUCAAAGUCAAUGCCAACGUUCGCUACGCCACCAACGCACCUGGAAUCGUUCUUUUGCAAGAAUGCGCGAAGCGAGCGAAGCCAUCUCAUUACCAACUUCCUGGAGCGAAGAGUUCUUCCGCUGGCGUCCCUCUUCAACUCUUCGUGGUGCGGAAUGACUCCCGCUGCGGCAGUACGAUCGGACCGAUGCUCAGCGCUGCACUAGGUGCGAGGACAAUUGAUGUCGGAAACCCGCAGUUGGCGAUGCAUUCGAUUCGGGAGACGUGCGGAGCGUACGAUGCGGAGCAUGGCGUGAAUUUGUUCGACAGCUUUUUCGAACACUUUGGAGAGUUGGAGGGAAAGAUUAUGGUUGACUGACUAGAUGAUGGUGAGAAGGCGAGGUUGUAGGUAUGGACGACAGUGAGCGGUCAGUGCUGAUCGCGCAGGGGAGUAUUGAAGACGCCCUUGACCGGGACAUUCGCGAUCAGAGCAGGGAGAGGACCAGUACCAGCAGUAUACAGAUGCUUGGGAUCCCGACCAUCAUUGAAGUUGUCGAAC